GUUCAGUGUUCCCUUGUUGCCUGACUACAGACGGCUAUUACCAACUGCUAUUGGUAGCUACUUCUACUGGCAGGAGUCUGUUGCCGCCUUCCAGUUGGAGGAUUCUGCAAAUAGCUACUGCUAUAAAGUAAAAUGACCAUGCUGGAAAGUUAAUGAGUCAACUGAUAAGAUCAGAACAGCAUUGUUUAAGGAGAGGAUCCACUUUUUUUCAACAAUUUAAGUGAUGAAGUAGCUGCUGCUGUGCUGGAUACAUAAUCUAGAUAACCAAUUCAAGAUAAGAAACCAUGACAGUGGAAACUGAUUCAAAUGCUAAUCACUCAAACCUGGAAGUGGAGCCUCCCCAACCUUUGGAAGAUGGAGCAAUCAAACAAGUACCAGUCAAAAAGAAAAUUUCCUGUUGCACUGGCUUGAAGGUGUUUCUCGCUACUUUGUCAUUCAGCUACUUGUGCAAAACAUUAUCUGGAACAAUUAUGAAAAGUUCCAUCACUCAGAUAGAAAGAAGAUUUGAUAUUCCCUCCUCUGUAGCUGGCUUAAUUGAUGGAAGUUUUGAGAUUGGUAAUUUGCUGGUGCUGGCAUUUGUAAGUUAUUUUGGAGCCAAAUUUCAUAGACCAAAAAUCAUUGCUUUGGGGUGUUGUAUUAUGUCAGCUGGAAGUAUUUUAACAGCAAUGCCUCAUUUCUUCAUGGGAUAUUAUAAGUAUGAAACAGCAUCUCAUGCAGUGUUGUCAGUCAACUCAACUUCAAGUCUCUCUCCCUGCUCUGUGGAUCAAAAUGUAACUGGUGUCAGUGAAACCUUAUCGGAACAUCCAGAUUCAGGUAAGGAAUUGUAACUGUAAAUAUGUCUAAAUGUGACAAUUUUGACCUACUUAUAAAUCGGUCUUCACACAAGAGGGCUAUUCACCCCAGUGUGGCGGGCCAGUACAAUUCUAAACCCCAUUUAAGCCUUAACUUAUUUGGAGGAUGUUAGUGACAGUUCAGUGAUACAGCAGCCUUGUAAAUCUCACUCAAAGCAAGCACAUCUAACAAUCCAGAAGUCUCUAAACUACUUGGGCCCAGUUUCUCCCACCCUUCCGGAUAUAAGUACCUCACAUUGACAUUAAAGGAAUUUCUCAUAUAAUUUGUGAGGAGAAUUGAUUCCCAAAGAAAAUUUAAGGGCCCAAGCUGAGUUAGAGUUAACUGGAAAUUAACUGGCAUUUCUGUGAUCUUCACACACCUCACUAUUAGUUUAGAAUAUACUGAAAGAGCAUCUGCAGCUGUAUGCUGCAUGGGAGGAGAAAAAUGUCACUAUAGGACCCAUGAGCCAGCUGUUAGCCUGGAUCAGGGGACAUAGUUGAAGGUGUAAAUGAAAUGUCAUAGACUACAUCUAUCACAAUUUCAAUCUGUUUAUUUUUUCCUAGAUAUUCUUCCCUAACGAUACAGACCAUUAUCCUUGCAUUACUAUGUUUGAUAGACAAGCAUGUGACUGAUGUCUAGAAGUGUUGUUAAAGGGAGGGCUGAUGAUUUUGGUAACCUAGACAGGUUUGAUGAGUUUGGUAACCUAGACAGAGUCUUAGUCUUAUGUAAGGAAAAACAAUUGAGCAAGAUGAGAAAGAGUGUGUUAAAUGGGGUUAAAGCCAGGCUCAUGGUUUAUUGUUCUACUGUAAAGAUGGUAAUUACUGUU